CGCCCUUUAUUUUCUGCAUAAUUUAUAUAUUUAAAAACUUGUUGCGUUACUAAACUUUGAGAACGAUGAGAGAAAAGGCCUUCAACAAAAUCGACAUUAAUAGUAAAAGGUAAAUUUAUUAGAGGAAGAUAAAAAUAAAAAUUGUUUCUACUAAAUAAUAACAACAAUUUUUGUUCAUUUUCUUUGAUUUUUAAGAAUUUAUUUUGUUUUGAGACCAGGAAAUGACCAGAAAAUCAAUUAAUUUAUUUUUAUUUUAUUUUUUAUUAUUUAAUAUUAUUUGUAUUUUUGUUUUAACAACUGCCAAUAAUCAUGAAAAUAAAAAACAUCAUAAACAAAAAGACGAGACUAACAACAUAACUGAAAUAAUUGACAAAGAAGUUAAACCUGAGAGAGGCGAAGUUGAAUCUAAAAAAGAAGAUAAUAAUAAUUCCAAAAAAGAUGAAAAAGAAAAUAAAAUUUUAAUUAAUUUAUUAGCAGAUGAAAUUAAAAAUAAUAAUUCUUUGGAAGAAAAACAGGACAAAAUAAAAAUUGAAGAAAAACCAAAAAAUGAUACGACAAAGGAAGUAAAUGAAGAGAAGAAAAAAGAAGGAAAUAAAAAUCAUCCAAAAAUAAAUGAAAAGAAAAAAGACUUGGAAAAUGAGGAAAAACAAAAAGAAUUGGAAAUUAAAACAAAAAUAAUUAAAGGAAGAAAUAAUUUAAGAAAAUCUGAAAAAGAAACGAGAUUAGGUCGAAAAAAUAAAAAUUUAUCAAAAUUACGUAAAGGAAAGGAAAAAGUAAAAGGAUUAAAAGGGAAAUGGAAGAGCGGUAUAAAUGAACAUUUAGCUUUGUUAAGUGAUGAAGAAAUUGAAAUGCUUGGUGGGGAUGUUUUGCCUCCGGGUAUAGAAGAAGCAGAACCUCGUUCUCUUCCAAGAAUAGAACCUUCUAAUGUUACUGAACCAGAAUUAAAAUUUGUUGAAAAAUUUGUUUUGGAAAAUGAUGAGGGGGAAUUGACAAAUAUAACUUGCAGCGAUUAUGUUUUUGAUAUUCGAGAUAAAUGGCCAGAAUGUAAAGAAAUAAUUAACAAUAUUCGAGACCAAUCACUUUGUAAAGAUUGUUGGGCAAUUUCUGCUACUUCCACUUUUACUGAUCGUAGAUGUAUUGAAAUGGUUAAAAAUAAAAUACCAAUAGAAGUGAUAGACUCUUUUUUUGCUUCUGCAUAUGAUACUGCUGUCUGUUCUGAUUCUCCUAAUCGUGAUGCCUGUACUGGCGGUUCAUCAGGUGUAGCCUGGCAGUGGUUUGAAAAGGUUGGAGUUGUUAGUGGACAUAAUUUCCAAAUGGGUGGAUGUAUUCCAUAUCCAUUUCCACCAAUUGAAGAGGCAACAACUACACCUCAAUAUGCCUUUAAAAAGAACUGUAAAGAUAUUUGUUCAAAUACAGCUUACGGAAAUGAAACUUUUGAAUAUGAACUUGACAAAAGAAAAGCAAAAAAUGUCAGAGCUUUAUAUGCUAAAGACUUGCCUAAAGGCCAAAAAACUUGGGAAAAAGAAAUGAAAGAAGCCAUAUUUAAUGGUGGAUCAAUCAGUGCUUCGUUUUUGCUCCACAGAGAUUUUGUUGAGAAUUACAAAUCGGGUAUUUACAAUUAUAUAGAAAGUCCCUGCGCAGGUAGAGACUCUAUCAGUGGUUGUAUUGGACAUGCUGUUCGUUUAAUUGGUUAUGGGAAUUAUACCUGUUCUGAUGGAAGUUUUCAAAAAUAUUGGCUUGGAAUAAAUUCUUUUGGAAGUAAUUGGGGAGAAUUAAAUGGAUUUUUUAAAUUUGUUAGAGGGAUUAAUGAAUUGGAUAUUGAAAAGAGACAAAUAGCUUUUGGAACUCCUAUACUUUAA